AUGUCACUUCAAGUAUUCGACAUUGAUGAUGAAAUACAUUGUAUCCAUCAUCAGUUUGUUAGACAAGCAAUUUUACAUCCACAGAAGAUUGCUGUUAUUCUGGAAGAGCAAGCAGUAACAUAUAGUGAAGUGCUUUAUCAUGUACAAAUAUUAUCAUUGUAUUUAAUCCAAGAAUCUGAUGUUAAAAAAGGCGACAUCAUUUUCCAGUGUGUAGAAAGAAGUAUAGAAAUGAUUAUUGGUAUACUCGCAAUAAUGACAACUGGAUGCGUUUACUGUCCAUUAAAUCCUGUAGAUUCAUUUUUGUCCCUAAAAGUUCUUAUGGACGACAUUCAUGCAAAUACUGGUCUUUUGCAUACAAAAACAGAAAAUAAGUUUAAUACAACAAUCAAUGAUAAUAAUAUUCAUUUUGUUAAUUCACAAGAAAUCAUUAACAACAGUGCUAAUAAAACUGUUAUUUCUGAUGAAAAUUUACAUGAAUUAUCAAGUGUAGAUGUCACAAUUGAAGACACUGCGUACAUUAUCUGUACAUCCGGAUCCACUGGCAAACCAAAAGCUAUUCAGAGUCUGCAUAGAAAUAUUGCAGUGUAUUCUAAAUUAUUAGAUCAACAAAAUAUUUAUAAUCAACCUGCCACCAUUAUUCAAAUUGCUGGUUGUUCAUGGAUUUUACAUUCAUAUGAAAUAUUUAGUGCAUUAUCAAGUGGCGCUACUCUGAUAAUGUUAAAACCUGAUGGUAAUAGAGAUAUAAAUUAUUUAACUGAAGUUAUUGAAACUAAACAAGUAACAUCGAUGUGGGUCAGCCCGUCAACUAUGAGAAUAUUAUGUGCAUUUUUACAAACAACAAAUCAAGGUCAUCGUCUAAAAACAAUUCGAAAUUUUUGUACCGCAGGCGAGAUAAUGAAACGAAAACUUGUUUCGUUGUUAGCAUCGCAUUUAUCAGCAGAUGCUAGAAUUUAUAAUAUUUACGGUUCCAGUGAAUGUGGCAAUAUAACAGCCUAUCUUAUAAAUAAUCCCCAUGAAAUAAAUUCAUCUACAGUUAUGCCCAUUGGUCGUCCCUUAUCAAGUUAUCAAUGUUAUAUUUUGAAUGAUGAAAUGCAGCCAGCUAAUCUUGAUCAGAUAGGGGAAGUUUAUAUUGGUGGUCCCGGUGUAUUUAAAGGUUACGUGUGCCCUAUUUUAACUGAAAAAGCCUUAAUCAAUAUACCAGGUGUAAAAGAAAAAUGUUUUCGUACAGGGGAUUUAGCUAAAUAUAAUUCAAAUGGUGAAAUAAUUUAUGUUUCUAGAACAGAUUUUCAGAUAAAAAUUCACAGUCAAUACAUAGAAACUGGUGAAAUUGAAAACGUAAUAUUGGCUUCCUGUAAUGAUAUAUCAGACUGUAUUGUUGUAAAAGUAUCUAACGAAAAAUCAGAACAAGACUGCGUUGCUGCAUACAUUGAACUAUCAUCAUUACAAUUGGAAAGAGAUAACCUUUCACUAGAAUCUCACAUACAAGAAUACUGUCGAUCUCGUUUACCAUUACACAUGAUUCCAUCAUCAUUUAUAAUAUUAAAUAAAUUACCGUUAAAUUCAAAUGGAAAAGUUGAUCGUAAACAACUACCCGUCAACAAAUAA